AUGCAUCUGAUAAAUGCUGUAGCGGCGGCGAGGAUGUUGUCCGGAUUCGGACAAUCUAACAGUAGCGGAGGCGAAGCGAUUCCUUUUGGAUCGAUUUGGUGGGUCACUUACGCCGGAAUCUCUUGUUUCCUCGUUCUCUUCGCCGGUAUUAUGUCUGGUCUUACUUUAGGUCUUAUGUCUCUCGGUCUUGUCGAGCUCGAGAUUCUUCAACGUAGUGCUGCGAUUUUUCCAGUUGUUCAGAAACAACAUCAGCUUUUAGUGACACUGCUCUUGUGCAAUGCUCUUGCAAUGGAGGGGCUUCCUAUAUACUUGGAUAAGUUAUUCAAUGAAUACGUUGCGAUUAUUCUUUCGGUCACUUUUGUUCUAGCUUUUGGUGAGGUUAUUCCUCAAGCGAUAUGCACCAGGUAUGGACUGGCAGUUGGAGCGAAUUUCGUCUGGCUUGUCCGUAUUUUAAUGAUUCUUUGCUACCCGAUUGCUUAUCCCAUUGGAAAGGUCUUGGAUUGGGUACUGGGACACAAUGACGCUUUAUUUAGGCGGGCACAGUUGAAAGCUCUUGUAUCCAUUCACAGCCAAGAGGCUGGCAAGGGAGGUGAACUUACGCAUGAUGAGACAACAAUCAUCAGUGGAGCACUUGAUUUGACCGAGAAGACUGCACAAGAAGCCAUGACACCAAUUGAAUCGACCUUCUCCUUGGAUGUAAAUUCAAAGUUGGAUUGGGAAGCUAUGGGUAAGAUUCUGGCAAGAGGCCAUAGCCGCGUUCCUGUCUACUCUGGGAAUCCAAAAAACGUUAUCGGACUUCUCUUGGUGAAGAGUCUCCUUACAGUUCGUCCUGAAACAGAGACCCUUGUCAGCGCAGUUUGUAUACGCCGAAUUCCAAGGGUUCCGGCUGAUAUGCCUCUGUAUGAUAUACUAAAUGAGUUUCAAAAAGGAAGCAGUCACAUGGCUGCAGUUGUGAAGGUCAAGGGGAAAAGCAAAGGUCCUCCGUCAACUUUGCUUGAAGAAAACACUUACGAAAGCAAUGCCCUAAGUAAGGACUCGGAUUUGACUGCACCUCUGUUACUGAAACGAGAAGGAAAUCACGACACUGUCAUUGUCCAAAUUGACAAGGCUAAUAGACAGUCGUUAUUUCAAAACAAUGAUAAUGUACAGCACGGGUUCUCGCAUACUUCAGAAGAUAUUGUGGAUGGUGAAGUAAUCGGUAUCAUCACUUUGGAAGAUGUGUUUGAAGAACUUUUGCAGGAGGAGAUUGUGGAUGAAACUGAUGAAUAUGUAGACGUGCAUAAAAGGAUUCGAGUAGCAGCAGCAGCGGCUGCCUCAUCAGUAGCUCGAGCUCCUUCAAGCAGGAGGUUAAUUGCUCAAAAGGGAACUGGAGAACAAAAUAAGCAAGCGCAAAAGAUUAAAGGUUCUAAACAACCGAUGGUAUAA